AUGGAGAGCCCGUCUCCCAAAGUCACACCUGCUAGGAAGUUCAAGCCAAUAGCGGUUGGAAAAUGCCACGUCCAGACCGCAACGGAUCGUUUCGGUCCCGGCGCCGAGGGCGCGAUACGAGAUCGAGAGCGGCUGGCUCAGGAUAUGUCCCACGAGGGUAAUGAGAUGCCGUUUCUCUGGCCGAGCGGGAGUGGUGAUGAAAAGGACGAAGACGAGCAGGUCGAUGCUGCCAGCAGAUCCAUCUACAGAUCGGUCCCGUCCAUGCAGUCGAACCGGAAUACCCUGACUGCCCUCUCGCAACUUUACAAUCUAUACUUCGUAGCGUAUCAAGGCUGUAUCUUCGUGUACAGAUUAAGGAGCGGUGCCAAGCACGCUCUCCCCCGGCAUCCCGAUCUGCAGCUCAAGCCCCCCGCGAGCGAUCAGGCUCGGGCGGUCGGAGGAGUCCUCGACCCAAGUUGCGGGCACGCCAUCAACCACAUAAUUACGGGGCAUCUUGGCCACGAAGAGAUUGUCCUCGCAGCGCAUGAUGAUGGAGAUGUGACUGCUUACAAGACGAAGGACGUCGCAGACUACGUUCUAGCCGCGAAGCAAGCCGCUGAAUCUACAACUCCUGUGAAAGACUCCCAGUCCGCGCCGAAUCACGGCAAGAGACCCCGCCCAAGACAAUUCUUUCACGAGAAUGUCGGAAAAUCUGCCUGGGGACUGGCCAUCCAUCAACAGUCUCGACUGAUUGCAAUCAGCUCCAACCGCUGGGAGGUAACUGUAUUCGCAUUCGCGCUAUACGACGGCACCUCUGGACAGCGUCCGGCCUCUGCGUCGGAUGAGCGACGUGAUGAUGUUGAAGCUUGGGUCCGCCAGCGACAGCGUACGUGGAGGAUUGUUAUACUGCUGGGCCGGGAAGUAGAUAACUUGCCAAAUGUCUGUUUCCUCAACGAUAAGGAAGGGAAUGCCGAGAAGGUCUGCGCAAUCGAUAUCAAUGGUUCGAUAUGGAUUGCAGACAUAUGGAAACCGCUUCAACCGGCAUACCAAAUCCCCCCAUUUGAUGGGCAGGACAUCAUCAGCGACGAGUUUUAUCCUUCAGUCUCGAGAGGCUGGGGAGUUCUUGCAUUCACUGACAACUGCUACAUGGAGGUGAAGAGUGUGGAGGAACUCAUUGGGUUCCCCGAACAUGACUGUACUAUCAAGCCAUCCCGGCACUCGUUGGCUCAGCCUCUGGCCAGGAUACAGCCAGUUCUUGAAACCAUUCCUGAGAAUCCUUGCCGGCCAUCCGAUACAGACAGGUCUGUAUUGAGGCGGGCGUUGCUUGAGCAUCUUAAUCAUCCUGUCGCUGAGGCCAUGGCCAAUGCACAGGAGAAUUUCCUUUCUGUGCUUGUUGACGGGAAUGGUGGUGAAGAUGAAGAUGAUGAUGUGUAUGACGAGGACGAAGAUGAGGACGAGAGUGAGGAUGAGGAUGAGGAUGAAGAUGAAGAGGAUGAAGAUGGCGACGAUGGUGAUGACGACUUUGACGACGGUAAUUCCGGAAUUCUGGGUAGUGAGGCAGUAGCAGCAGGCCCUGGGGGCUCCAUGCUUACGCCCACCGCGGAUGUCGUGAGCGUCAUACCUUUACAGGAGGUGUUCCAGGACCUCGAGCAGCUGCCAGGAGGACCGCCUGGUCCCCCCGCCAUGUCGCUUGCAUCGCAUCCGCCGAGCGGAUCAGCACCCCCGCAGCAUAUCAUGGCCCAGUUCCAACAGCAAGCGUGGCCUUUCGAGGCCACAUUUCAGGAUCUAAGCGACGCGUUGGGAGAAUUAGAAGACGCAUUUGGCGAGCUCGAAGAUGCUCUGCCCCAUUUCGGCUCCGCUUUCUCACAGUUGCAAGUGGUUUGGGCCCAGCCCAAUUCUGUAUUGAAAUGUCCCGGACACGGGUGUGGUUGUGCGUCUGAAAACAGGAUUCCAGAGCCAAGCCCACUGAUCCUGGAUCGACUGUUGCAAAUGGUAUACUACCCGGAUACCGGGGAGGUGGCGCCAGCACCUAUGGAUAGAUCUUCGCGGAUUCUGUUUGCCAAAUCGUCCAAGAUGGGCUAUAACAUAAACCGCGAGCCGCCGAAUGCUGCUUUUGAACGGUUAGCACCAGGAUAUCGCAUCCUGCGAGCAUACGAAAAGGAUUUCGAGUUGUGGGAGCUCCCGCGGCGAGGGGCAGAGCCGCGGAAAGAUAUCGGCAUGUUUUGUGGCAAUGCUCUCGAGUUUCAACGUUUCCGGGAUCCGCUCACCUCGUGGAGUUUCCGGGCAACAAGCAGACUCAGUCUGCUGGCACAUGUCCCCGAGUUGUCCAUAGUUGUUCUCGGAUCGCCAACGGGACGCGUGCUGGUCGCAUCGUUGACUCGACUGAGCUCCAAGGAGAACGAUUUUAAGGGACGAGGGACGUGGAGACGCGGAAUCAGGGUGGAAUGGGUUCUUCCCAAUAAAACAGAAGAAAAAAACCAUCGGACAACCAUGCGAGCCCUCCACGGGAUGGCAAUCGGCCGCAUACCCGACGAUGGCGAUCAAAAUGGUGAGCAGGCUGGAAGAGGGGCAUUGCUCCCGCGACGAUAUCGGCUGAUGCUGCACUACCAAAACCACGACAUCUUUUCUUACGAGGUUACGAGAAACGAGGAAACGGGCAAGAUCUGUCUGUUCUGA